AUGGGUAUAGAAUUACUGUGCAGGGACCACAGUGAAGUCCAAAAAGGAAAGGAUAUAUGUGAUCGUAUAAUGGGUGUAUCGAAAUCUCGUUUACGUGCAUGGGAAAGUAACAGACAUGACAUACAAAACGCAAUUGACAUAAAAGAAGGAUUUGAAUAUGCAGGUGGAAUUAAAGACACAAAAGUAGCAGUGGCACAAAUAAUUGAUGAUGAAGAACGUUUCCUUGGUGCAUUAAAUAUUCCAAAUGUUACGGCAGUUAGGAGUAUUGUGUAUGAUACAAACUUUCAGAUAUUUCAUGGAUAA